AUGAUUAGUUUAAGCAAAUUGAAUAAGUUAAGUGUUAGAAACUUAAGACUGUUUUCUUCCUCAACAGUUAAAUAUCAAACCAUAGGUUCAAAUAUCAAUGGUAAAGAUUUUAAUGCUGCCAAAUAUAUGAAUCAAAAAUAUCAUAUUAUAGAUCAUGAAUAUGACUGUGUAGUUGUUGGUGCUGGGGGUGCUGGUUUAAGAGCUGCUUUCGGUUUAGCCGAAGCUGGUUUUAAAACUGCUUGUAUUUCCAAAUUAUUCCCAACCAGAUCUCAUACUGUUGCUGCUCAAGGUGGUAUCAAUGCUGCCUUAGGUAAUAUGCAUAAAGAUGAUUGGCAUUGGCAUAUGUAUGAUACCGUUAAAGGUUCAGAUUGGUUAGGUGAUCAAGAUGCUAUUCAUUAUAUGACCAAAGAAGCCCCAGCUUCUAUUUAUGAAUUAGAAAACUAUGGGGUCCCAUUUUCAAGAAAUGAAGAAGGUAGAAUUUAUCAAAGAGCUUUUGGUGGUCAAUCUAAAGAAUAUGGUAAAGGUGGUCAAGCUUAUAGAACUUGUGCUGUUGCCGAUAGAACCGGUCAUGCCUUAUUACAUUCCUUAUAUGGUCAAAGUUUAAGACAUGAUACUCAUUUUUUCAUUGAAUUCUUUGCUAUGGAUUUAUUAAUGCAAGAUGGUGAAUGUGUAGGUGUUAUUGCCUAUAAUGAAGAAGAUGGUACUUUACACAGAUUCAGAUCUCACAAAACUGUUAUUGCUACCGGUGGUUAUGGAAGAACUUAUUUCUCAUGUACUUCAGCUCAUACUUGUACUGGUGAUGGUUAUGCUAUGGUUUCCAGAGCUGGUUUACCAUUAGAAGAUUUAGAAUUCGUUCAAUUCCAUCCUUCAGGUAUUUAUGGUUCAGGUUGUUUGAUUACUGAAGGUGCUAGAGGUGAAGGUGGUUUCUUAAUUAAUUCUGAAGGUGAAAGAUUUAUGGAACGUUAUGCUCCUCAUGCUAAAGAUUUAGCUUCAAGAGAUGUUGUCUCAAGAGCUAUUACUAUGGAAAUUAAUGAAGGUAGAGGUGUUGGUCCAGAUAAAGAUCACAUGUACUUACAAUUAUCUCAUAUUCCUGCUCCUGUAUUAAAAGAAAGAUUACCAGGUAUUUCUGAAACUGCUCACAUUUUCGCUGGUGUUGAUGUUACCAAAGAACCAAUUCCAAUUUUACCAACUGUUCAUUAUAAUAUGGGAGGUAUUCCAACUAAAUGGACUGGUGAAGUUUUAAAGAAAAAUGAAAAAGGUGAAGAUGAAAUUGUUCCAGGUUUAUUCGCUUGUGGUGAAGCUGCUUGUGCUUCAGUUCAUGGUGCUAACAGAUUAGGUGCUAAUUCAUUAUUAGAUUUAGUUGUUUUCGGUAGAGCUGUUGCUCAUACUAUUACUGAUCAAUUAACUCCAGGUACUCCAUUAAAAUCAUCUCCAAAAGAUAUUGGUUUAUUCUCAGUUGAAAACUUGGAUAAAAUUAGAAAUGCUACAGGUACUAAAUCUACUGCUGAUAUCAGAUUAGAAAUGCAAAAGACUAUGCAAAAAGGUUGUGCAGUUUUCAGAACUCAAGAAACUUUAGAUAAAUGUGUUGAAGAAAUUACUGCUAUUGAUAAAACUUUCGAAGAUGUUAAAACUACCGAUAGAUCAAUGAUUUGGAAUUCUGAUAUGGUUGAAACUUUAGAAUUACAAAACUUAUUAACUUGUGCUACUCAAACUGCUUACUCAGCUGCUGCUAGAAAAGAAUCAAGAGGUGCUCAUGCCAGAGAUGAUUAUCCUGAUAGAGAUGAUGAAAACUGGAGAAAACACACUUUAUCUUACCAAUUGAAUCAUGGUCAUGAUGUUAAAUUAGAUUACAGAGAUGUUAUCAAAACUACAUUAGACGAAAAUGAUUGUAAACCUGUUCCUCCAGCUGUCCGUGUUUAUUAA